UGUGCUACCCUGAUGUCUAUUUAAAUAGUCUGUUGGACUUCCUUAACAGUCAGUCACUCAGACAUCUGCCAGUUUAAUGAAAUGGAUGCAAUCUAUUCAAAUUCUGAACUCGUAUGUUCAACAACUGCUUCAAUUAACAAAUGCUCCCGGUACAAAGGCCAGGAGAUCCUCAAGAAAGAAGUGACUGUUCAUAAACGGAUUAAAGAUCUUCUGAUAGUUCUCAGUGUCUGUCUGGUCUUUGCUUUCGGAGGAGUUUGUUCUCUGGCGAUACUUCUUACACAUGCUACAAAUGUUGCUUUUUUAAAUCCAGACUUCAAUGUGUCUGUGUCUGAUCAGGACCACAAUGCCACAGAUUACAAAGCACAGUUUGAUGCGCUCCAUAACCAGCAUGAGGAGACACUUAGAAAGCUGAACAGAUUAAAUUACAGCACAGGUUGUGCACUUUGUGCCGUCGACUGGGUUCAUUCUGGAGGAAAGUGUUACUACUUCUCUAAGGUCAAGAUGAACUGGACACAGAGUCGAGAUCACUGUGUGACUCUAGGAGGACAUCUAGUGAUCAUAAACAGCAAAACAGAACAGGAUUUUGUUACUUCUAAAGUUAAAGUAACCCACUGGAUUGGUCUCAAUGAUUUGGACACUGAGGGUCACUGGGUUUGGGUGAACAACCAGCCAGUUAAUGAUUCAGUAGAAUUCUGGAUUAAACGAGAGAAUGGAAUCAGAGAGCCUGAUAACUGGACUAAAGAACAUCCGGACGGUGAGGACUGCACUGGUCUGGGACAUCCUGGUGGAGAGACGGAUUUCUGGUCGGAUGCUUUCUGCUUUCUAGAGAAAAGAUUUGUGUGUGAAGCUCCUGCAGCAGUUUAAUUCACCGCUCCCGAAUAGAUUUUGGCCAAUUGCUCACUUAUAUUUUUCAAUGGAACACAAAGACACAUUUUGAAGAAUGAAUGUACUUACAGUACACCCCCCCC